CAAGGAAGGAUCCCUUCCCCUCCACCAAGCUUCCCCUCUAAUUUGGGGGCGAGCCCCAGCGUGCACCCCUAUGCAAUAGUGUUGGGGCGGGGGCAAAUAGCGGAAGGCUGGGGUUCCGCGUUGCCCUUUUAAGCGCCCUCCAGCCUCCCACCCCGCCGCCUGGAGGUGUCGACGGCCCCUUUAAGACGCAGGGCAUUGUGGGUGCGGGGAGUGGAAUUUUGGAACGAAAUGUAGCGAAGAGAAGUACAGUAGUAAGAGUAACAUUGUAGCCGCCGCCGGCCGAGGGGGCGCGCCGGGGAGGGGACGCCGCACCCCCUUUCUGCCGCAGGGACCCCCCAUCACACCCCCAGAGGGAGGAGGCGCCCGAGGACCCGCCCCGGCCCACGUUCCCCCCAGGAAGCCGGACUCUAUGGGGCGGGACCCUGGGGGAGACUGAGCAGAGCCUGGAGCCAGCCCCGAACCCCUGAACCUCAAGCCCGGGGCGCCCCGGGAGCAGCCAGCCCGUGGGCGCGCCGCCCGCCCGCCGAGCAGCCAUGAGCGAGACCGUCAUCUGCUCCAGCCGGGCCACCGUGAUGCUUUAUGAUGACAGCAACAAGCGAUGGCUGCCUGCCGGCACGGGCCCCCAGGCCUUCAGCCGCGUCCAGAUCUACCACAACCCCACGGCCAAUUCCUUCCGGGUGGUCGGCCGCAAGAUGCAGCCGGACCAGCAGGUGGUCAUCAACUGUGCCAUCAUCCGGGGUGUCAAGUACAACCAGGCCACCCCCAACUUCCAUCAGUGGCGCGACGCCCGCCAGGUCUGGGGCCUCAACUUCGGCAGCAAGGAGGAUGCAGCGCAGUUUGCCGCGGGCAUGGCCAGCGCCCUAGAGGCAUUGGAAGGAGGUGGGCCUCCGCCCCCGCCGCCACCGGCAGCAGCUCCUGCCUGGUCUGUCCAGAACGGUCCCUCCCCUGAGGAGGUGGAGCAGCAGAAAAGGCAGCAGCCUGGCCAGCCGGAGUACGCCGACCGUGAGCGCCGAGUCUCCAAUUCAGGCGGCCCACCUGCUCCCUCAGCUGGGGGACCGCCUCCACCUCCAGGACCUCCCCCUCCUCCGGGUCCUCCCCCACCCCCUGGGCUGCCCUCCUCGGGGGUCUCGGCUGCUGGGCAUGGAGCAGGGGGAGGCCCGCCCCCUGCCCCACCUCUGCCCACAGCACAAGGCCCCAGUGGUGGAGGGGCCGGGGCGCCCGGCCUGGCCGCAGCCAUUGCCGGAGCCAAACUCAGGAAAGUCAGCAAGCAGGAGGAGGCCUCAGGGGGACCCCCGGCCCCCAAAGCUGAGAGCAGUCGAGGCACAGGCGGGGGGCUCAUGGAAGAGAUGAACGCCAUGCUGGCCCGGAGAAGGAAAGCCACACAAGUUGGGGAGAAAGCCCCCAAGGAUGAAUCUGCCAAUCAGGAGGAGCCAGAGGCCAGACUCCCAGCCCAUAGUGAAUCUGUGCGGAGACCCUGGGAGAAGAACAGCACAACCUUGCCAAGGAUGAAGUCGUCGUCUUCCGUGACCACUUCCGAGGCCCACCCCUCUACACCCAGCUCCAGUGAUGAAUCAGACCUGGAGAGGGUGAAACAGGAGCUUCUGGAAGAGGUGAGGAAGGAAUUGCAGAAAGUAAAAGAGGAAAUAAUUGAAGCCUUUGUCCAGGAGCUGAGGAAGCGGGGUUCCCCCUGACCACAGGGCCCAGAGAUCCCGUUUCUCCUUUCCGCACAUCCCGCCUGUCACCCUGCUUUCCCUGGCUCAACUUGACUUGGAAUUGGCUGAAGACUACACAGGAAUGCAUCUUCCCCACUCCCCAUCCACUUGGAAAAUUCCGAGGGGGUGUGGCUUCCCGGGCACCACGCCCACACCCAUACUGGCUGCUGAUUAGCUGGGGAGGCCCCCACCCUUUGCUCCCUUUGGUCCUUCCUCUCUGCCAUCCCCUUGGGGGGGGCUGGUUCCUCUGCUGGGGAUGUACCAAUUAACCCCACAGUAAGGGGGAAGGAAGGAGGGAAUUUCACAUUCCCUUAUUCUAGGUUCACUUUAACGCUUAAUGCCUUCAAAUUUUUGUUUUUUUAAGAAAAAAAAUAUAUAUAUAUUUAGGUUUUGGGAGGUAAAGGGAAAUUUUUUUUCUCUUUGGUUUUGAUAAAAUGGGGUGUGGGGAGUUUUUAAAUGCUAUCGCCCCAGGCUUGUCCCACGUGGGGCAGCUAUUUAAGGGGGGGGAUGUCCCACCAGGCUGGGGGCACCUCCCCACACCCCAGGGACCUCCCUUCCCUCUGGCUCUUUCCCCUUUUCUAUAAGGAAUUAAGAUGCUGUAACUUUUUGGAACCUCAGUUUUUUGGUUUUUUAUUUGGGUAGGUUUUGGGGU